GCGGCUUCUUUCGCCUCAUUCCUUCCUUCCUAUAUUAUUAUUCACUCCUUCGUUGGCUUACUUAAAUUGUUUAGACGCUCCCGGGUUCGAAACACGGGUGCACGGAGUGAAGGAGAGUGCGAGUGCGAGUGUACCAUGGCGUUGUUUUUUCGACGUUAUUAGUAUUCAGUUGCUUUUUAGUGAGGGGUUGCUUUUUAGUUUCUUCCCCCAGCUUUUCUUUUUUGAUUCUAUCUGUAAGCUGCCUUGAGUCUGGGGGGGAAGGCGGGAUAUAAAAAAAUAGAAUGAUAAUAAGAAAGGUAAUCAGCAAUGCAAUAACACAGAGAGGGUUUUUAAAAACUGCUAGAAAACACACUACAAAAAGGAGAGAAAUGCACUACUAAAUAAAGGGGUUGGACUAGAUGACGUUUGUCCCUUCCAACUAUGCAAUUUUAUGAUUCUAAGGAAACAAAUUGAUUGAGAGGUGGGCCUUUUAUGUGUUUCUGGAACACCAAAGUAAAUGACAGUGCUUUUCCUUUCAUUCAUUCAUGGUAUUAUAGUGCUUUUGUUACUCUGUCCCUCCUGUUUGUAGGUCAUUUCCUUCUUGGUUUUAUUUUUUCCUUAUUUUAUUUGGGAUUGUGUUGUUUUUUUGCAUGCAAAGCAAGGAUAUUAGAUGUAUAAUGGUUUUUGCUGCAUAGUGUCUCAACGUAAUAUGAAUUUUAAAAAUAUUUUAAAAGAAAAUAAAACACUGUGUCCCCAACAUAUACACCUGCAUAGACUCCAGCUGUUGCCCAAGAGAAGCUCUCUUGCAUGUCUUCCCAACCCCCACCAUCUUUUUAUGCUCCAUAUCCCAAUCAGUACAACCCACCUACUUGCACAUCAGGCUUUGUGACCCUGCACCCAUCCAUUCCCCCUGUCUUGACAGAACAGUCUGCCCUUUUGAUGGAAAUUCAACAGGUGUUUUCCCCAUCACUGCAUUGCUAGACUGCAAAUGAAAGUUGCAUCUCCUGAGUCUUCCUAUCGAUGAUGAAGAUGAUGGAAAGCAGGGAAAAUAUGGUGUCAGUUGUAUUUCUGCCUAAAACCUUCCUGUACUGUGACUCUGCCCCAUUUAUUUCAAUGGUGCACUGUUGUCUGACUCUCAAGACAGGAGUGGGCAGAAGGUGGAUCUUGACCUACUGUUUUAUACAGACCAUUAGGCAAGAUAACUUUUCUAAUGAAGCUAUACCUAACCAUGUGGGAGCUCAGAGUAAAGUGGAGAAAACCUUAUCUUAAGGGUCAAAGCAGAAAAAGGAUAACCUUUUCUUGGUCAGAAUUUGAAUUAAAAUAAAUAGGUAUAAUACUGUAGUAAAUUCUAAAGGGAGGUUCCUCAAGGAUCCUUGCUUUGACUGGGUGUGGGUAGGAUACUGUGAUCACAAAAUAAUAAUAAAUCUGUGAUGACACAGUAACAAUUUGUUUUUGAAAUAUGGUUUAUGAUGAGGUGGCAAUAGCUGUAGAAGUUUCAAAAUAAUUUGGAGAAGUGUACAGUUAUAAAUGCUAAAGAAUUCCUAACAACGGGUUGGAGCCAGAGUAGUUGUAUUUGAGUCCUGUUGAAGUAAUGAGAGUUUAAGUGAUGUCUAACUUUUAACAUUUAUUUUUUAAUGGUACCUAAGUGCAAAUAACCUCGUUCUGCUGCAACCCAAUGUGAAUGACAGAUAACAUCUGCUGUAUAUGAGAUGAGUUAUUCAAGGAAAAUAUAAAUAUAUUUCAUUUAUGUAUGUCUGUAGCACAUACUGUACAUACAGACUCCACUAGCAAACUGGCUUGAAACCAAAACAGCUAAUUAUUUUUCUACCUCAUUUUCCAUUUCAUAAAUUAACUAGUAGCAAUGGCUGAAUGCAAUAAUAGUCUAGCCAAGCAGUUUCAAAAUUUUUAUCAUUGUUUACUACAUACAAGUAAAAUAGACAUGGAAUGAUGGGAAAUUGUUAUGCACUGUAUAGAUAUUAAUGCCUUGUUCCUUGAGUAGACCCAUGAAAUACUACUUUAGGAAGCUGCUUUCACGUUUAUAUGUAAAGAAAUUAAGGAUCAUUAAGGUUGCAAUCCUUUUCUUACCUGGGAGUAUGAACAGCAGUCAGCAGAACAUUUCAAACUAAACAUGCAUAUGAUUGCUCCAUGUGAAGCCAUAAACAGCCUUGGCCUGUAUACCUGAAGGAGCAUCUCCACCCCCAUCAUUCAGCCCGGACACAGAGGUCCAGCGCUGAGGAUCUUCUGGCAGUUCCCUCACUGCAAGAAGUGAGGUUACAGGGAACUAGGCAGAGGGCCUUCUCGGAAGUGGCGCCCUCCCUGUGGAACGCUCUCCCACCAGAUGUGAAGUAAGGAACUACACAACUUUUAGAAGACAUCUGAAGGCAACCCUCUACAGGAGCUACAGUGUUACUAUGGCUCGUAUUACACUUGAAGAACUGAAUGAACUGGAUGAUGAGGUCCCUGAUGAAGAGGAUGAACCAAUGGAUGGGGAGGAACAGAACAGGCUGUUUUCUCAUUGGGAGACAGUAGCAAGCACUCACCAAGUGUCUCUCCCCCAAGAGAUGGCAGGUCCAAUAAUGCAAAUGGCGCGCCAUAACCAGACUCGAGAGCCUGUGCCCUACGCUACUUUAUCACAGCAUGAGAAGUGUGAGGAGAUAGCCUACGAGGAACGACUGUACCCAGCUGGGAAAUGGGCAUGCAUUACCAGAGGAGAACCCAAAUAUGAGCAAAGCAUCUCUAUGGGUUUCAUGAAACUAAUACGGUACAUCUGCAAGGAGAACUCCCUAGGCCGUCAGUUGGGGAUGACAGUGCCAGUGAUCAACGAGAUCCACCUGAACAAGGAGGGCACGGAAUUGCUUCAAGAAGUCAUCACUGCCUAUUACCUCCCUGAAGAAUUUCAACCUAACCCCCCUCUCCCCUUGGACCCCGACAUCCAGAUACAAGAGAGAGCACCACUUCGGGUUAUCGCCAGGGUGUUUUAUGGGACCACCACAGAAGAAACAAUCCUACGGGAGAUUCACCUUCUCUGGGAGUUGCUGGGCUCCACAGACAAUGUGCUCCGCGAAACCUACUUGGUGGCUGCGUACCAGAACCCUGGCGUCCCUAACCGCCGCAAUGAGAUCUGGUUUAUCCGGCGAGCAGAUUGAGAGCACCUUGAAUCCCUGACAAGAUUACAAUCCACCCUCCGUGACUGGAUCCGGUUUAGAUGGCAGUUUUGAAGGAGAGGAAUGCACAUCCUGACUCACUGUAGAAUAGAUGAAGUGCUCCUUCCCCCCCUGCGCGAACCAAGGAGUUACUAGUACAGAUCUCCCUGAGAUGGUUUCCACCCUACUCCUGCAGGGGGUGCUGUGGUGCUGUCGAUGGAGCUGGCGUUGGAAGGAACAAGGGGUGUCUGCUUCAGUGGGCCCUGAGUGCAACCGUGCCACAUUUGGAUGAAGGCGCACUAGGAGCACAGGAAGCUGCCUUAUGCUGAGUCAGAUCAUUGGUCCAUCUAGUUCAGUAUUGUCAUCGCUGACCGGCAGUGGCUUCUCAGGUGUUCAGGUAGGGAAACAUUCCCGGUCCCACCUGGAGAUGCCAGGGAUUGAACCUGGGACCUUCUGAAUGCAAAGCAGUUGCGCUACCACAGAGCCAUGGCCCUUCCCCCUCCUCGGGGAUUGUAUCAGGGAUUGUAGCUGUUGUGCAACCCACAGCUCACAUUCCAAGGGUUAGGUAUCAAUCCUGAAACGAAUCUAGCGAGAGCAGGCUGGAACACCACUGCCUACACCCGUGCCCAUAACUGGCAAAUACUGGUGUACUGAGGCACAGGUUAUGACUAAGUUACUUGUAGAAGGAGGAUUUCACUUCUGAUGCCUCGGAGUAUCCCUUUUAGCCAUGCGCACGAGAAGCUGCUAGUCAGCUUUGUUAUCCAACAGCAGAAGAGCCGUUCCCACAGUUUGGGAUGAGGUAGCUGUAGACUUCCUUGACUGGAAUAAUGUGAACACCUGUCCAGGAGCAAAUGGGAAAUCCCCGCCAGAGGGCUAAGGCUCAAAGGGAGAUCUGAGAAGCAGAGAUCUCUGGCCUAUAAGUCCUCCUGUUUUCCCAAGAGCACAUAGAGAGAUAAAUGCCACCCACUGGCUACCUCCUGCCUAUGAGCCAGUUUCUCGAUCAGGCAGGCUUGGUGCGAGCUGAGCAGGCCACAGAGUACGUGUUAAGUUGUCGCUGGCAGCAUUUUUGUCGCUGUGUGUUGCGUUGUGCAUUGACUGGUUGGUAUCACACUCAUGAAUGCUGCUGUCCUCUCCCAAAGAAGGCUGGUAGCACAAAGCAAACCUGAAAUAAAAUCUAGCCCAACCCUC